AUGAAUGGUUCUAUUAGGUUGUGUUUUGUUGUUAUAGCAUUUGCAAUUGUGUUAGUCAUAAAUGGAGAGCCUAUCUUUGUUAGUCACGAGGCCUUCCCUCCACAGACACCAGUCGUGACUGACUCUCCUGCUAUGCCUCCUUCUGACGAUUAUGCGAUCGAUAUGGGAGGCGAUGUAUCAGCUACUGAUGAACCCCCCGCCCCACCACCACCUUUUGUCCCCGAGUUCCCGGUUUAUAUAUUUUACUUGGGGGAAAGGAAACAAGAUGAUCCUAAGUUGGUGACUCAGUCACAUCUUGAAAUCUUGAAAUCGGUUCUUGGAAGUGAAGAAGCAGCCAAUAAGUCAAUGGUUUACAGUUAUCACCAUGGAUUCUCCGGUUUUGCAGCCAAACUCACACCAGCAGAUGCAGAGAAAUUGAAAAAUCAUCCUGAAGUUAUUAUUCUUAUCGAAAACCGAAAACUUGUGAUGCAAACAACAAGAACAUGGGAUUACUUAGGUCUUUUCUCAACUCCAGCUUCAUCUAAAGGUCUUCUUAAUGAGACCAACAUGGGAAGUGGUGCUAUUAUUGGCGUUAUUGACUCCGGGAUAUGGUCAGAAUCAGCCGUCUACAACGACGAUGGAUAUGGACCGAUACCAAAACAAUGGAAAGGACAAUGCGUGUCCGCAGACCAGUUCACUCCUGAAGAUUGCAACAAAAAGCUUAUUGGAGCUAAAUACUACAUGGAUGGUCUUAACGCAGAUCUCAAAACAAGUAUCGACACUAGUGUAGAACAUCUAUCUCCGAGAGAUCAUAAUGGUCACGGGACUCAAGUAUCCUCAACGUUAGCCGGUUCUUUAGUUUCUAACGUGACAUUUCCAGGCCUCCCAUCUGGUUCAACCAUGAGAGGUGGCGCUCCUAAUGCGCAUAUAGCAAUGUAUAAAGCAUGUUGGGAUGUGGAAGGAGGCAUGUGUUCUGUUGCUGAUGUCUGGAAAGCCUUUGAUGAAGCCAUUCACGAUGGUGUUGAUGUUUUGUCGGUUUCUAUAGGUGGUGCAGUAAAUAUCAAGUCCCUUGACGUUGAAAUAGAUAUCGCGAUUCCAGCGUUACAUGCUGUGAAUAGAGGCAUUCCUGUUGUUUCUCCAGCUGGUAAUGGAGGACCUCGUAGUUCAUCGGUUAUUAACGUUUCUCCAUGGAUUUUAACUGUGGCUGCAACCACCCUUGACCGCUCUUUCUCCACACUGCUCACACUCGAGAACAACAAAACGUUGCGGGGUGAGAGUAUGUACACAGGACCUGAGAUUGGAUUCACUGAACUGAUGUUUAGUAGCGAUCAUAAUAACAUUACUAUAGCAAAGGGUAAAGUUGCUAUGUACUUUGAAUCAGACGGAGAGGUGCCUAUGCCAGAUAUAGUUCAGCAAAAUGGUGCCAUUGGUGUAAUUUAUGUGAGACAUAUGACUGAUCUUCUUGACUGUCCCAUCAACUUUCCAUGUAUCUACAUGGAUUUCGACACUGCCUCCGAGAUAUUUUUCUACAUGGAAACUACCACAAGCACACCCAAGAUUAAGAUAAGUCCAUACAAGACGGUAAUUGGUGAAACUGUAGCAAGUAAAGUGGGAGUAUCAUCAGCGAGAGGGCCUAGUUCCAUUUCACCUGCCAUUCUUAAGCCAGAUAUAGCAGCACCGGGUGUGUCCUUAGUAACACCAAGAAUACCUACAGAUGAAGACACAAGAGAGUUUGCUUACGCAGGAACAUCAAUGGCAACUCCUGUUAUUGCUGGAAUCGUAGCACUUCUCAAGAUUAAGCAUCCUACUUGGUCUCCUGCUGCAAUCAAAUCAGCUCUUGCCACAACAGCCACAAGAAUCGAUCCACACGGGGAGCUUCUAGCCGCAGGUGGAUCUACCCGAAAGCUAGCCACUCCAUUCGAUUACGGAGGAGGUCUUGUUAACAUGGAGAAAGCCACAGCUCCUGGUCUUGUUUACGACAUGGACAUCAACGGUUACGUACAUUACUUAUGCUCCGAAGCUCUUUACACAGACAAGAGAGUUUCUGCUCUAACCGGAAACGUUAUUACAAAGUGUCCGAGCUCAGGUUCAUCGAUUCUUGACCUCAACGUACCGUCUAUUACCAUCCCAAACCUCAAGGGGAACGUCACAGUUACACGUACCGUGACCAACGUAGGCAACGUUGACUCGGUUUACAAGGCUGUGAUCGAGGCUCCGCUUGGAUUCAACGUCAAGGUUUCACCGGAGACUCUAGUGUUUAACAAGGGAACCAACAAGGCUACGUUUACAGUGAGUGUGUGUUCGGGUACACAUAGGGUGAACACUGACUUUUUCUUUGGGAGUUUGACUUGGAGUGAUGGACUUCACUAUGUGACAAUCCCAGCUUAUAUAGUCCAUUUAGGCGAGAGGCAACACGAUGAUCCUGAGUUGGUCUCUGAAUCACACCACAGGAUGUUGGAAUCAGUUUUCGAAAGCCCGGAAGCUGCUAGAGAGUCCAUCAUCUACAACUAUCACCAUGGAUUUUCCGGGUUUGCAGCCAUGCUUACAGAGUCUCAAGCUAAGAAACUUUCAGACCGUCCUGAUGUUUUCAGUGUCACAUCAAACCGAAAGCUAGCGUAUCAGACCACAAGAACAUACGACUAUUUGGGCCUUUCGCCAAUUCUUCCCAAAGGAAUCCUCCACGAAAGCGACAUGGGAAGUAAUCUUGUCAUCGGUUUUCUUGACUCAGGAAUAUGGCCGGAGUCUCGAGCUUUUAGCGACGAAGGGCUUGGACCAAUACCAAAACACUGGAAAGGAGGUUGUGUAUCCGGAGUAAGGUUUGACCCAGCAAAGCAUUGCAACAAGAAGUUAGUAGGAGCAAAGUACUUCCGUGACGGCUUGUUCGAGAAAAAUCCAGGUGUCAAUCUCAGCGAUUUUGAUUUUAUGUCACCAAGAGGUUUAAUAAACCACGGAACAAUGGUCUCUUCGGUAGCAGCCGCUUCGUUCGUGCCUAACGCCUCAUACAAGGGUCUUGCACCUGGACUCUUGAGAGGCGCUGCUCCAAAGGCUCGUAUAGCUAUGUACAAGAUUGGUUGGGAUACAACUACCCCUGGUGUUUCUGCUAUGGUCGAUUUUGUCAAAGCAUUUGAUGAAGCUAUUAAAGAUGGUGUUGAUGUUUUGUCGGUUUCGAUAGGAUCAGGGGAACCUCCUUUCCGUCCAUUUGACGCCGUUACGCAAGAUAUUGAUAUUGGGUCGUUCCAUGCGGUGACUAAAGGUAUUCCUGUUAUAGCUGCGGGUGGUAACUCAGGCCCUGAAGCUUACACUAUAGGUAAUGUAGCUCCCUGGUUAUUCACUGUCGGUUCAACUACCAUUGACCGUACUUUUUACGUAGACAUAACUCUUGGAAACAACGUAACCUUUAUGGCUCAAGCUUUGUAUAAAGGUGACGAAGUAUUUGGUGAAUUAGUUUACGUGGAAGAUUGGGAAGCUUACACGUCUGAUCUAAAGGGAAAAGUUGCCCUAACGUUUGUGAAAAAUGAUGAAGAUGUGACGACUGCUUUCGGGCAAUUAGGUGGCGCAGGGGUGAUCGCUGCACGAAGUUCUGAUUAUCUUAUUGAUUUUUUCUUUGAAUCUCCGAAGACCGCUAUUGACUAUGAAGUCGGAACUAAGAUUCUACAAUACAUCCGCUCGUCAAGUUCGCCAACGGUUAGGAUAAGUGGAGGUAAAACGUUCGUGGGACCUAAAUCAACAACAGUUGCAGGAUUCUCAUGUAGAGGGCCAAGUGCACCCUCUCCAGCCAUUCUCAAGCCUGAUAUCGUAGCCCCUGGUGUGAUGCUUUUAACAGCUGAGGCUAAUGACAACAAGGGUUAUCAAACAGAUUUCAGCAUAACUCAAGGAACAUCCGUUUCCGCUCCCGUUGUUGCCGGAAUCGUUGUACUACUCAAAGCUUUACACCCUGACUGGUCUCCUGCCGCUCUAAAAUCAGCUAUCAUGACUACUGCGUGGAAGACCGAUCCAUCGGGAGAGCCGAUUUUCGCGGAAGGGUUACCAAGGAAACUAGCGGAUCCAUUUGACUACGGUGCAGGACUAGUGAACGCGGAAAGAGCCAAAGAUCCAGGACUAGUUUACGACAUGAACAUCGAUGAUUACAUCUUCUACUUCUGCGCCUCUGGUUACAAUGAUACUGCAAUCACUGUACUCACCGGGAAACCGACGAAAUGCUCGUAUCCGUUACCGUCUGUUCUUGACGUAAACUAUCCAGCCAUCACGAUUCCAAACCUUAAUAAAGAAGUGACGGUUACGAGAACGGUGACUAACGUUGGACCUGUGGAUUCGGUUUAUAGAGCCGUGGUCGAGGCUCCGGAAGGUGUGAAGAUUGCUGUUGAACCGGAGACUCUGGUGUUUAACUCCAGUGUGAAGAAACUUGGGUUUAAAGUUAGGGUUUCGACGAGUCAUAAGAGUGACACUGGUUACUUCUUUGGUAGCUUUACUUGGACUGAUGGUACUCGAAAUGUUGUCAUUCCUUUGUCUGUUAGCCGUAGGAGACAAGUAAGGAAAGAGAAAGAAGAAGAUGAAGGCAAUGAAAGCUUCAAAUCUCCAAAUCUUGAAGCUGAGAGACGUCGAAGAGAGAAGCUACAUAGUCGGCUCAUGGCUCUGCGAUCUCAUGUUCCAAUUGUCACAAACAUGACUAAAGCGAGUAUUGUUGAAGACUCGAUUACUUACAUAGGAGAGCUUCAGAAGAUAGUUCAGAAUCUUACAGAGGAGCUUCAUGAAAUGGAAGAAGCUCCUCUUGAGAUUGAUGAGCAACAAACAUAUCAUAUUAUUAAACCUGAAGCUGAAACUGUUAAUUUGAAAGAGGAGAUGAAGAAAAUCGGAAUAGAGGAGAAUGUGCAGUUGUGUAAGAUUGGGGAGAGGAGUUUUUGGUUGAAGAUCACAACAGAGAAGAGACCUGGGAUCUUUACUAAAUUCAUGGAUGUUAUGUCAUUGUUGGGAUUCGAGAUCAUUGACAUUACUCUAGCUUCUUCAAAUGGAUCAAUUAUUAUUUGUUCCUCUGUUCAGAUACUUCAGGGACUAUGUGCUGAUGUUGAUCUUGAACAGACAAAGAACUUUCUGUUGGAAGUCAUGAGAAGCAAUCCAUGAGUGCAUCUUAGAGAUUUCGAUCAAAUAAAAUUUCC